AUGCUCGCCCUCCUCUUCCUCCUCGCCGCCGCAACGCCGCUGAUCAACGCCUACAUGACGGUGAACAUCAGCAUCAUCUGCAAAUUCGACAGCAUCCAUUGCGUGCAGUACGUCCUCGCGCUAACGCAGCCCGUAUUGCAACCUGACCUCUCACACUUCGACCUUUCCUCCCUCCACCUCCCUUACCACGACCGCACGCCCAGCAUGCCACCGAAAGAGAAGCUCCUCCCUCCAGUAGGGAACGUGGAAAUCGACAAGCCUGGCGAGUUCCUCGGAGCAGACCUGAACCCAGCAAACACCAUCGCCGCCUUCCCCUAUCGAUCGGCAGGAACCGUCCGUUUCCUCUGCGACGGAGACGCCCAGCUCCCGCUCCAAACCUGGCGCCUUUACUUCUCCACCGUCCAAAACGGCGUCACGACGAUCACUGCCGGGAUCUCCAACCAGGGCAGAGGCGGAGUGAGCUUCGAUGACGACAAGGGUGACAAGGAUCCCGCGGCGGGCCAGUCGAUCACCUCCACGACUCGAGGUGUGAACGUCGUUUUCGAGUGUAGGUAA